ACAGGCGGCGGCGGCCGUGUCCUGGCCGACCCUCACGAAGACACAGCUGAGAGAGAGAAGGAUCCAAGAAGAGCAGAGAAGCACAGGAGCCGGCGGCGAUGGCGUGGCGGUCGAGCCUAUCCCGGAGCGUCAAGGAGAUCCGCCCGUCUUCCCCGGCCAGCGGCCCCGCCCGGGAGUUCGUGAAGAAGAACUACGGGGACAUCAAGACCCACAACCCCGCCCUCCCCAUCCUCAUCCGCGAGUGCUCCGGCGUCCAGCCUCAGCUCUGGGCGCGCUACGAUAUGGGUGUUGAGAGGUGUGUGCACUUGGAUGGCUUGACGGAAGCCCAGAUUGACAAGAAGUUGGAGGAGCUGGCCAAGCAGGGAGCGCAUAAGGCUAAAUAGGCUAGCCAAGUUUUCUCGCGUUGAAUCUUCCCAAAUAAGAGAAAUGAUAACAUGAGAUGUUGUGUUGACCUGAUUUCAGUACCAUGAUUGUACACAAUUCUUGAAUUUGUACAACUGAUUUCCGAGAACGUAACUGUUUUUCCUCUCAUUCCUCAAGGGCUGUAUUUCAUCUGAAAAGUUCAGUUCUAAAAAACCAUACUGCUCUUACAUUGUAUGUUACAAGCGCGAUGGGGUUGUUCUUGAUGUUA